CUCGUCAAUGAACCUUCCUUGACAGGCUUCAACAUGCAACUCCCCUUCAAAACCGUAGAUGUGUUCACCACAACACCCUACAUCGGCAACCCCCUGGCCAUCAUCCGCGUCCCAUCCUCCCUGCGCAACAUCCUCACCGAAGAGCAAAAGCAGAAGAUCGCACGAGAAUUCAAUCUUAGUGAAACCACCUUCCUCCACGAACCGGUCCCAGGCACCGAGGAUGGCACAGCAGACGUCGACAUCUUCACCCCAAUCUCCCGCCUCGCGUUCGCUGGACACCCGACAAUUGGUACAGCAAUGUAUGUCUCGCAGCACCCGGAGAUGUAUCCUGGGAUCAAGCAGUUGAAGAUGCUGGCUGGUACCAUCCCCUUCACCUACUCGGAACACAGCGGGAGAGUGAGCGUCAAUGUGCCGCACGCGUUCCGCAUCCACAGGUCUCGCCUGGCUCACCCUUUCCCAGGCAAGGAGGAUGGGAGUGGCAGUGCGACGGUGCCGCUGGUGAGCAUCGUGAAGGGUAUGGCGUUUAACCUUGUAAGUAUGAGGGAUGUGCAGGCGCUGGGGUUGCCGACGAAGGGACUGCUGCCUGUUGAAGAGUGCUAUAAAGCGGAGUACUUGGAUCGGGGAAGUGGGUGGGAUGUUGGAUAUACGGGGACUUUUUACUACACUGAUCUUGGGAUCGAAGAGGGAAUUGAGGGGGAUGCGGGUGUGAGGAAGUUGAGAACGAGGAGCAUUGGUACUAGAGAGGAUCCCGGAACGGGCAGCGCUAGUUGCGCGCUGUGCUGCUAUUUGGCCAUCGUUGCUCGUCAGUCCAGUGCAGAACAAGUACAGAAGUUCCACUUGACGCAGGGUGUGGAAAUGGGCCGGCGGUGCGAUAUUUUUAUCACUGUUCAAACGACUGAGGAUGGUAAGGGGAUUGAGAGUGUGGAGUUGAGUGGGACGGCGGUAAUAGUUAUGAAGGGGAGUUUGACGAUUGAUUGAAUCUGCUGUGUUGACCUUUUGUGGUGUUGAAAGUAUAAUAUGGAGAGAUGGAUUGACUGGUGCACAUCCAUAGCUUUCGUACGCAAGUCAGCAGAUUCAAUCAACUAUCAC